CCGAGCUACUAUGAUUCUUUUGGCAAAUAGGAUACGGACUACCCGGCAACCACCCACUGGCUCACCACCGACCCAAGCUGCCCAACCCACUCCCACUCUCGCCUGCCCCAUCCAAUCCUACUUCCUUCCAAUCGACCGAGCGUGUGUGGGACACUACUGGCAUCGACUGGCACAAUUGGAAGAGGCGACGACGAUAGUCCGUCGAUACUGAACCCUGUCGCAGAAGUGCUCUUCGCGACCUUUUUGUCGUUUACGUUCCUUACUUCCCAUCGAAACAGCACUGCAGGCCCCAGUUUUCGAAGCAUCUCUUGAUCCGAAAAUAUGUCUUAUUACGAAAAUCAGCAAUGGCCAGCCACUGGGCAGCCUACGUGGGAACAGCAGACGCCGCCGGCACGAUCUGGUGCUAGUUCGGCCGUUCCGCGAGAGGAGACAGGGGCAUUCAUGACACAAAUCGAGGAGGUCGACCGUGCUAUUGACAAUCUGGCAAAGAGCGGAAAGAUGUUCCCCAACAUGCCUGGACCCGGUCGUCGCGAAUCGAUGCCAGUGGCUGGUGGCCCUCCGAGACCGUUCAGUGAGCAAUACGACCCACGCAUGGGCGGCGGUCCCCCAAGACACCACUCAGUCAGUGGCGAUUUUGGAGAUGCCCGCUCCUUCUCAGGUUCGAACUUGCAAAACUUCUAUGCCAGCCAGCGACAUGCCCCAUCCCGAGGCACCAACGAGGUCGAACAAGUGAUGCAGGCAAAGCGAAGGAUGGCAGCCCAGCGUGAGAGAGAGCUGCGAAACUACCAUCAAGAGCAGCAGUACAAUCGAAGCGUUUCAGCUGAAAUCUCAACUGUGGGAGGUAAACAACUUGACCGUACAAUGAGCCCAGGUAGUGGAAUGAGUGAGGAGGAGCGCCGUGAAUUGAUCGCUCGUCAACGCAAUGCUCUUUACGGCGAGGGUGCAUCUUACUCCGAAAAUGGUGGCUUCGAUGAGAAUGGAACUCCGCGCCCAGGAACUCAAGGAUCAGGGUCUCAAUCUGCAACCGGCAUCCGUGGCCACUCUCCAUUGGCAUUUGACCACUUCAAUGCUCAGAACCAAGGUGAGAACCAGAGCCAAGCUCAAAGUGAACAGCCUCAGUCAGCCGUCGGCCAAUCUCAAGGACAACAGCGAUCCCGUGCCAACAGCACCUCAUCACCAUCAUCGAAUCCAACCAGCAGCUUCAGCCUCUUCGAGUCGGCAGCACAACAGUCAAGCCGCACGUCGACCUCGUCUCCCGGUGGAUCGCCUCCUCGUCAAGGCAAAGGCCCAACCAGCUCUGGUGUUGCACCUAUCGGAACUCGUCCAAGCGGUCAAGCACCAAACCCAGCCUUAAACAAACGCUCUACAACUCCUCUACCUUCGCCCCUUAGCUACGGCUUCGCUGCGAGCAGCGAGGAUAAUCAAGGCGAGAAGGAGGGACGAACUGCUUCUGCAGCUUCCAACUCAAACUCUCAGAAUCAGCAAGAUGUUGGUCUAGGAUGGGGAUCUAAGAGCGGUGUCUGGGGCAAGAACUCUUCACUCGGCGUGCAGGCUUCGGUUUGGGGUUAAGGGGAAUUCAUUAAUGGAGCAGAGUUUGUGGAUGAUUUAAAAUGGGGCGGAUCAAUUCGGUGUUUGGCAAAUGCAUAUAUUGCUGAUGGGCAAAUUCAUGGGGAUGGCGGUUCGGCGUAGUGGCCAGUUUGAGUUGGAUUUGCUUGUGGGUGACACUAUCCAUGUUUCACCGGACAUAGGAUGUCACCUGUGGGUAUCAGGUUCAAACAUCGGUCAUCGGAUUUUGUUUGGGUGUUUCUCGUUUUUGCCUUGCAUUGGUGGAGCGUUGGGCUUUCGAUAUCCUCUCCUCUAUCGGUGUGUUUGCUCUGCCUUUUUAUGUAUCGGAGAACGGGUUACUCGGGACCAUAGCGAUGGAGGGGCUUUCCGAGGGAAGAAAGGCAGUCAGGGGGUGUCGGUAUUAUGGAAUACGUUUGCUCGCCCAAAUCGAUCACCAAAAAGUACAGUUUUGAGCCAAGAGGAAUCAGCAUAUCUGGCAGGCGUGCUUGCUUCAUUUUUUCCCUCGGGGUUGUCGUAUCGUUGGGUUUCGGUCGUGGAUUGUUUUCCUGGCAUUGCGCGCGCGUGGCUUUCAUCUAUCUCUUCGCUCGGGUGUGGGAAUGGUGGGAAAUGGAAUUGGGAAUUGCUCUGCUUGCUUGCUUUCUUGGCUUGAUUGAUGGAUGGAUGGAUCGUUAGGAAUCUUUUUGCGCGUUGUAUGGAAUUGGCUGGGGGGCUAAGGGUUUGCAAACUGCUUUUUUGUGUGUAAUUAGGUAUAGGGACGAAUAACACCUGGUAAUAAUGGGAC